AUGUGCCAGACUCCGGACGCAGACUCGCAGCAGAUCCCGCCCAUCGAGAUCGGCUCAUUUAUUGCCCUACGGCCCGAUAAGAGCGAGUUUAUCGGAAGUGCCAGCGGUGUCUUCUUUGCCAAUACCGUCUUCCGGGCCUUUGCAACAGCAACGACGGGCUCUGGUGGCUCUGCAGCCAAGCGCCCUCAGGGGGAUGUAAAUGGCCUCGGGGCCUCAGCGACCCCAGACCCUGGGUCUGCUCAUGAGUAUGUCAUGGCAGAGGAGAAGGCCCAGGAGGAGGCCGCUGGAGAUGACGGCCUGGGGGACGGUGCCGUGGGCGCAGAAGAUGCGAACAAGAGCCCAGGGGCACGAUCCUACGGCAUUGCAGCUCCUGGAUUAGGAAUCCCUCCUCCUCCGGCCGUUGCGAAGCGACUCCUGGUGGAAUACUUCAGACGAUGGCAUCCAUUUCUUCCUUUUCUUCAUGGACCUACGUUCUUUGAAAAGGUGAACCAGUUCUACGAGCCAGGGGGUUCUCCGGCAGAGCCGAUGAGCCGACGCAACAAGGUGUACCAGGCCAUCAUCUUCCAGUGCGUCUUCAACAUUGCAGACUCCAAUCACAAUCAAAAGGAAGAGCGAGAACUCCCCGAAGAAUCUCGCAUUAAAUCUGCUGUUGCGCUUACGAGCCUGCUCGGCGUCCUUUCCAGCGGCCAUGAUAUCCCCUCAUUACAGGCGCUCCUGGCAGUGGAAUUGUAUCUAAUGACUCAGAUGUCUCUACGAGCGGCCUCGACAGUUCACGGAGCGAUGACACGCAUUCUAUAUCACUGCGGUCUGCACAGAUGCCCCUUUCGAUACGUCCAGCUGCCACGCGACAUCUGCGACAUGAGAAAGAGAAUCUUUUGGUCUGCGUAUGUGAUUGAUCGCCACCUGAGUCAGGUACUUGGACACCCCUUGGCUCUCAACGACGAAGAGAUUGAUGUCUGCUUGCCUGGUGCGCCAGAAGUCCAUAAUCCGGCCAAACCCUUUCAGAAUAUCCCGCCGUCGCGCCCCUCGCCACCACAAGAAGAUGUUCAAGCUUACGCGCCAGUGGAUCAUCCGACCUUUGCAUCCAUGUCUUCUGCCGGGGACCUCACUGAUGGCAGCACUGUUGGAACGCAGGAAGGCAAUUUUAAUACAGACCAACUUGUGUAUAGACCACAAAGCUUGGGCGAAUCCAUCCUUGGCUUCUUGGUAACCUAUUCGCGACUGCUCGGGCAGGCUCUCGACCUCUUCCACAAAUCCAUACACAGCCGAUCUAUAACAUGGGACAAGGUGCUGGAGAUGACUUCGAGGAUCCAUGCUUGGUGGAACACGCUUCCGCCCUCGUUCCAGGGAGAGGGGCUUACAUCCAUCUUUGUAGAGCCGCAGGGUCAUGACGGCCCUCCCUUUGCGAUUUUAUAUCACCAACUUAUUCUCAUCAUGAAUCGUCCAUUUUUAUCGCUCCCGACCAACAGAACGGAUUUUCAGUUUAGUCUACAAACUGCGGUGAAUGCCAGCCGAGCAAUCGUUAAGAAGCUCAAAUUACGGCAGGGAGAUUCUCCUCUGGUGGCUUGGCCGGGAAUGCUGUCGGCGGCGUGGAUGGCUGGGCUGACCAUUGCCUACGCCGGGUUGUUGAAGCUCUAUCCAAUGGAGAAGACGGUUCUGUAUGUCUAA